AUGAAACGAAAUGAACUCCCUAGUUUUCCUCUUGUAUUUCCCUCGCUCUUCUCUGUAUAUAUAUAUAUGAAAACUGAAAACAGAAAACCUGACUCUCUCUCUAUACGUACACAUAAGUACUUUCCCUCUCUACGCGGCGUGCGAAGAGUGCACCGCCUUCCUCUAUCUUCGCCAUUAAAGGUUCAUAGCGUUGAUACUAUUAUAUCCGUUAGGAGCAUCGCCGAACCGGAUAUUCAAUUGUGGACAUUGUUGAUCACGGCUUAUACGAAGCAGGGUCAUCCAAAAGAAGCAAUAAAACUUUAUGCGGAAUUCAAAAAUAGCGGAAAAGUUAAUCCCGAUGAGGUGGCUCUUUUGUCUGUUGCCAAGGCUUGUGCUAAAUCUGGGGAUGUUUUAAAGGCAAAAGACAUCCAUGAGGAUGCCAUCAAAUAUGGGUUUGGUUCCGAUUUGCUUCUUGGGAAUGCGAUGAUUGAUAUGUAUGGGAAAUGCAACUACAUUGAAGGUGCGAAGAUAGUUUUUGAUGAUUUGAGAGUGAAGGAUGUGAUUUCUUGGACAUCAUUAUGCUCAUGUUAUGUCAAUUGUGGGCUCCCGGGAGAUGCUCUUUGGGCAAUUCGUGCAAUGUGUCUGAGUGGAACAAUGCCUAAUGCUAUGACUUUAUCUUCUAUACUUCCCGCUUGUUCAGUUUUGAAGUGUUUGAAUUUGGGUAGAGAGGUUCAUGGUUUUGUUGCCGGUGAUGGACACACACUGAAAGGAUCGAGCUCACUCAACGAGGAUCUUUCUCUUUGA